AUAACGGCCUUGCAAACCCAAAUGGAUGGAUAUAGAAGUCAAAUAAUGUUGGAAUUGAACAUCUCUCUCAGGUCCGAUGCAUAUUAUCUUCUAGGCCCUACCUAGUAUUACCUAGGCUUUACCUCAUGAAGUCAUUACACAAUCAAGAAACAAUGCUGAAGCAGCUAUUGCAGUCUCAAGGUAAUAAAUCCCAAUCAAGAGAUGGGACAAGCUCUAUAAUAACCCGUCAUGAUGGCUUGGGUUCGGCAUUAGCCGAGUAUCUUACGAAUGCAAUUAAUAUAUCCGACUCCAAUGACUCGAGGGAAACACUUCGCAAAGAGCUACUCGAAGCUGUCUAUGCGUCUGCUGGGGACCCAGGUAGCGAUGCCUCAGCUUUUGAAGUUACAGAACCGCGAAAAUUAGCCCUCCAAGAGAAAUUCAUUUCAAGCUUGCAUUAUGACGGUAUAUACGACCGUGAACUUAGCAUCGCUGACGCUCAUGAAAAAACUUUUCAUUGGAUAUUUCAUCCGGAAGAUAAUCAAGACCAUCCUUGGGACAACUUCCGUCACUGGCUCCAGACGGACCAGCAAUUAUAUUGGAUCACCGGAAAAGCAGGAGCCGGCAAAUCGACGCUAAUGAAAUUCAUCUCCCAGCCUAUCCCACCUGGAAAAGGAAGUCAUUCAGGCGAAGGGGAGCCUCGCUCGACAGAAUAUCUUCUUCCGUGGGCUGGAGGGAAGCCGCUCAUAGUGGCUUCAUUCUACUUUUGGGCGGCCGGCUCAAAAGUGCAGACAUCAAGGGAAGGCCUUUACCGCACACUGUUAAGACAGAUUUGCCAGAGUUGUCCUGAAGCCAUACCUCACGCUUCCUCAGAAAGAUUGGAAGCAUUAUGUCUCUACAAUGAGGAUCCAAUGCCAUUCUGCGAAGAAGAACUGCGAUAUAUGUUAGAUAACGCAAUUACAUUCGCCAGUUCAACACACAGCCUGUGCUUAUUCAUCGACGGGCUUGACGAGUUUGAUGGCUCCCAUGAGGACCUGAUAGAGUUCGUUAAGGGUAUAAUCGAGACGUUACCAGUGAAGGUCUGCGUAGCGAGUCGUCCUUGGGUAGUGUUCGAAACUGCUAUGAAAGGCAAACCAAGCCUCAUGAUCGAAGACCUCACAUUCAGUGACAUUAGAAGUUACGUCACAUCAAGACUUGAAUCCGACCCCAAUUUCACGUCACUUCAGAAACGCGAGGCAAAGUUCUCUCAAAAUCUCAUUGAAGAUGUCGUGCGAAAGGCUUCAGGGGUGUUUCUUUGGGUUAGCAUUGUUGUCACAUCCCUUCUGGAGGGAAUCAAAUACGCGGAUCGAGUUUCCGACUUGCAGCGACGACUUUCUCAACUCCCUUCCGACUUGGAGUUAUUGUAUGAUAGGAUACUUCAAGACCUGGAUCCUUUUUAUCUUGAGCAUGCGGCCCAGUAUUUCCGCUUAAUGGUUGCAUGCGAGGGACCACCUGAGGCACUGUUAUUGUCUUUUGCCGACGAAGAAGAAAACGAGUUCGCUAUUCAGCUUCCUAACUCUCCAUUAUCGCCCGAGGAAAUACAACAUAGGGUCGAAACAAUAAGAAUACGGCUGAACUCGCGUUGUAAAGGAUUAAUCAGCGUUCCGGAAUUAAGUAAACAGCACCUGAAUGCUAAUAUUCAGCUUCAUGCCGUUACGGCUCAAUACCACCAUAGGGCCGUCAGAGACUAUUUUGAGCAACCUAAGAUACAAGAGAAACUCAUGGGAAUGCUGAAAAAGUCAUUCGAUCCAUAUUAUAAGCUGUGUUCUGGAUCCUUAUGCAUGCGUAAAGGCAUUGAGGAUCUUGGCGAUGGCUCAUUGAGUAUUGUAGGAUCUACUAGCCCUCUCCUACAAUGCUUACGAUUCGCAUCAAAAGUUGAGGAAGGGAAUACUCAAACUAUGAUUAAGAUCCUAGACGAGCUAGAAAGUGUUACGACAAAUCAGCACAUAAGACGAUGUCAUGUAUCCCUGGUGAGGCCCUACUGCGACUACGAGCGGUUCGGGGAAACUUUUAUUUCACUUGCCAUAAAGCUUCAAGUAACAGAGUAUGUUAGAAGAAAGGUACAGCCAUAUAUUGCCUACAGGAAAGUGUUAAUACCAAACGGUAUUGUGCACUUAUUACCAGCAAACGGUCCCUUAAAGACCGUUUUCAAAGAUUCCGGUUAGGCAAUCAAAGCACCGUCAUUCCCUCAAAUCUGUGGUCUCUGCUAAGAGAUGCAACCCCUUCUAUGUCUACAGAUUUAACAAUGCUUUCCAUUCUUCUGGAAAAGGGUGCUGACCCUAAUUUCACUUUUGGGUAUAGGCAGCCUACAAGACUUGAGGAGCUCAGUAUAUGGACAGCGACCCUGGCAUUUGUAUUGGACGCUACGUACCGUGAGCUUGAUAUCGAUCUAGACUUAUGGAUAGAUGUCCUUCGGUUGAUGAUGGUAAAUGGGGCCAGCACAAAGAAAAGGUUUAUCAGCAUGGCUAUGACUGAGGUCUCUUUGCAAUACACGAACGAUGUAUCCGAACUUUUCAACGGUGAAUUUGCCGUAACAAGUAUUCAACGCACACUGCGGUACAUUAGGAAUCACAGAGGACAGCUUGAGAAAGGUAUUAGAUUUGGCGACAAGAUUUGGAAUAAAAAAAGGGCUACCUGAAAACGACUAUCGGGAUUGUAAGAGCCUACCUAUGGGUAAGUCGACACGCCGUCGCUGGGCCCACCGUAGCUGGGGCCACUUAUUUCACAUAUAAAAUUAGCAAAUUUGCAUACUUGUAUUUAAUCCAAGAGAAUAGAUAAAAAUAAGCAUUUUUCUGAUA